CUCGAGACGCUCAGUGGAUCCCGAGAGCUUCACCUGAGAGCAUCACCCAUCCCAGUUUCUGUGAUUGUCCUGAAGAAACGAUGUCUGCCGUCUACCUUCUCCUCCUGCUGCUGCCUCUGAUCUCGGCUCAGACAUAUCACUGGGGCGCCUGUCCUACUCCCAAGUUGCAGCCCAGCUUCAACCUCCAACAGUACCUGGGCAGGUGGUAUGAGAUCGAGAAGCUCCCCGCUUCCUUCGCGAGAGGAAAGUGCAUCGAGGCGAACUAUUCCGUCAGGAAAGACGGAACCAUCCGGGUGCUGAACGCUCAGUUCUAUAAGAACAAGACGAGGACAGCAGAGGGAACAGCAGUGGUUCACGACAUGCGAGAACCAGCCAGACUUGGAGUCAGCUUCUCAUACUUUACCCCCUACAGCCCGUACUUGAUUCUGACCACCGACUACACCAGCUUGGCCGUCGUCUACUCCUGCAUCGACAUCCUCCGUCUGUUCCACGUCGACUACGCCUGGAUCCUGGGGCGGUCGCGUUUCCUGCCUUACGAGACGGUGAGUUACGCCAGAGAGCUGCUGAUGAACGAGGGGAUCGACCUUUACAGGAUGAAGGCCACAGACCAGAGGGGCUGCAAGGACAACUAGGAGCUGAUGGAGACUUUGUCGUUGAAGAAGGUGUCGUGCUGUGUGCAGAACGACCUCUUCUGAAUCCUCACAGCAGCCAUAAUGUUUGAUAUACAAAGAUCAUUUUAAAAUAUAUUUUUAUAUUUUAAUCCUGCAGUAGCUGCUCAGUGUGUAAAAGACGAAAGGUGAAGUGAACUCACACACCCACAGAAAUCUAUUAUUUACUGAGCGUAGCAGUGUUACCAACUGAAUAUAUUGUUUUACUUUGUCUUGUCGUGUAUCUUGUAUUAUUUACAACGUGAAACAAGCAAGUUUUUGGUGGAAAAAAUAGGAACUUGGGAGUGUCCUGUGUAUAUUAAAGAUGCAUUUAAAAAAAAAAAAAAA